CCUGGGAACCCCAGCCCCAGGAGAAGCCCGCUCAUCGACCUGAACCACUAUGCCACCAAGAAGAGCGUGGCAGAGAGCAUGCUGGACGUGGCCCUCCUCGUGUCCAACGCCACGCAGCUGAAAGUGGUGCUGGAGCAGGGGCCGUCCUCUCAUCACUACACCACCCUCGUCACCCUCAGCGUCUCUCUGCUCCUGCAGGUGGUCAUCGGCAUCCUCCUCAUGGUCAUUGCUCGACUGAUCAACGAGGUAGAAAAGCAGUGGCGACUAAACCAGCUCAACAACGCGGCCACCGCCUUGGUCUCCAUCAUUGUUGUCAUCAACAUCUUCAUCACGGCCUUUGGGGCACAUAAGCCUGGGUUCCUGGCUGCCAGGACCUCGAGGAGCCCUCUCUGA